AUGACCACUCUGGCAGGCAAACUCAUGCCCAAGCGGGAUGCCACCCCCGAGGUGACCAUCACCUCCAUCAAGGACGAGACCCGGACCAUGAAGUCUGUGCAAUGGUUCGGAACGAAGGACAUUCGGGUGGUCGAAGUUCCAGUUCCAAAAGUCACCGAUGAGGGUGAUGUAAUUCUUCGUGUCACCACCACUGCCAUCUGCGGCUCGGACCUGCACUUUUACAAUGGUGCCAUGCCCGGAAUGAAGAAGGGCGACAUCGUGGGACAUGAGUUCAUGGGCGUUGUGGAAGCCGCGGGACCCAAUGUGAAGAAGUUCAGUGUCGGAGACCGUGUCGUCGUCGCCUUCGACAUCGGAUCCGAUGUCAACUGCCUCAAGGUGCCGGAGGGCAUGCCCGACGACAAGGUCAUUUUCCUCUCCGACAUCAUGCCCACUGGCUGGCAUGGCGCAGAGUGCGGCCAGGUGGGAGAGGGCGACAACGUCGCCAUCUGGGGCGCCGGACCCGUCGGCCUGCUGGCGGCCCAGUCCUGCUACGUCCGCGGUGCAGCCAAGGUGGCCAUCAUCGACUCGGAGCAGUACAGGCUGGACUACGCGGUUGCCAAGCUGCCAGGCAUCCACACCGUCAACUUCAAGGAGGUCAAGGUGCUGGAGGCCCUGCACAAGAUCUUCCCUGUCGGACCGGGGCCUGAUGUGGCCAUCGAGGCGGUGGGCUUGCACUAUGCCACGUCUUGGCUGCACAAGAUUGAGAAGGCCCUCAUGCUGGAGACCGAUCCAUCCGAGGUCCUUAAUGAGAUGAUCGAGGCCACUCGCAAGCAUGGGCGCAUCUCUGUGAUUGGAGCGUACGCAGGCUACUGCAACCACUUCAACAUUGGCGCCUUCAUGGAGAAGUCGAUGACCAUGAGUGGUGGGCAGACUCCCUGCCAGAAAUACUGGCCCACCCUUGUCAAGCUGAUGCAGGCAAGUCCCUUUCUGGAGGGCAAGCUGGACCCCACCAUCGUCAAGACGCAUGAGCUUCCGCUGGAGCAAGCUCCCGAGGCCUACAAGAUGUUCGACGAGAAGACGGAUGAGGUGGUCAAGGUGGUGUUGAAGCCAGCACUGAAGGGCGAGUGA